UCUGGAUCAUGGAUGGUAUGUUUAAAAUUGUCUCCAGAAUCUUUUAUCAACUCUAUACAAUCCAUGGUCCUGUUGGUGCAGAAGAAAACUCUAGAAUUCUCCCAUUAGUAUAUGUAUUGAUGAGUGGAAAAUCUAAAGAAUUGUAUCAAGUAUUAUUUCAAAAUUUAAUUGAAUUUGCUGAAGCAAAUAAUAUUUCAUUAAGACCAUCAAAAAUUCUUACUGAUUUUGAAAUAGCAGCAAUCAAUGCGUCAAAUGAGGAAUUUCCUGGUGUUAUUAAUAAAGGUUGUCUUUUCCAUUUGGGGCAAAGCGGCUGGAGGAAAAUCCAAGAAUGUGGCUUAGCCGUUCAAUAUGGUUCUGAUGAGCAUUUAAGUCUCAUAUUGCGUUACUUAUUUGCUCUAGCAUUUGUUCCAUCAAGUGAAAUUCCCAUUGCUUUUGAUAUCUUGAAAUCAAG